GCCGACCCCGACAGACAGACCGACAGACAGACCGACUGACUGACACGUGAUGAAGAUGGUCUCCUCCUCGCGCACCCGCUGCCUCCUCCUGCUCCUCCUCUCCCUCACCGCCUCCAUCAGCUGCUCCUCCGCCGCCCAGAGAGACUCCAAACUCCGCCUGUUGCUGCACCGGACCCCGCUGCUGGGCUCCAAACAGGACAUGUCUCGGUCCUCCCUGGCAGAGCUGCUCCUGUCAGACCUGCUCCAGGUGGAGAACGAGGCUCUGGACGAGGACGACUUCCCCCCGGCCGAGGGGGAACCCGAAGACAUCCGCGUCGAUCUGGAACGAGCCGCCGCCGCCGGCAGCGGGCCGCUGCUCGCCCCCCGAGAGCGGAAAGCCGGCUGCAAGAACUUCUUCUGGAAGACGUUCACUUCCUGCUGAGAGCCUCGUCAUCUUCGUCCUCACCCUGCGUCCUCAUCGCACUCCGUACAGACUGUCGAUGAUUAGUUUGGGUCAACUGUUUUAAUUUUUCUGGGCUGAUUCUUUCUGAAUGUAAACUUGAUGAAACUAUUUUUAAUAGUUGGUUUGAAUAAAAUCUGUU